GGCGCCACAACUUGAUCCUGAAUAGCCUCAGCCUUGCAUUUGCGUCUCGCACAACAACUCUCAGCAUUUGUCGCUGUGAGUAUCCAUCAUCGUCCCUCGCGAUGAAGAACAAAACCGAUUCAUGCUGGGAUGAGAAGAUUAUCGACCCUGACACCGGGAAGAGUCUCGAGGUCCAGCUCGUAUUAUCUUUGGUGAUUGGUGUCUCUGCCUUCUUCCUCUUCUGUUUCCUACGCCCACGAUGGCCCGCCCUUUACGCUGCGCGAAAACGGCGCCUCGAUCAUCAGCUUGGUCUUCCCGCCCUUCCAAAUUCCACGUUUGGCUGGAUCCCGACACUGUUUAAAAUUACCGAGGAGCAGGUCCUGGCUUCCGCUGGACUCGAUGCUUUUGUGUUUCUGAGCUUCUUCAAAAUGGCCAUCCGACUCUUUAGCAUUAUGGCAUUUUUCGCGACUGUUAUCCUGUUGCCAAUCAAUCGUUCAUUUUCGGACACCAAAAGCAAGAAGGGCCAUGGUGGUGAUGAUACAUCAACUGUCCCGGGUUCGUUUUAUGGAACAGAUCAGAACGUGUUCUCAGAUGCAAGUUUCCUCGACAUACUUAAGCACAAAGAUAAAACGGACAAGAGUUACGAGAAGUCCUGGCUGUGGGCUUACGUUAUUUUCACAUACUUCUUCGUCGGCUUGACGAUAUACUAUCUCAACCUGGAGACAUUUCGCGUCAUCAAAUUUCGUCAGGACUAUCUCGGAUCACAGUCCACAGUGACAGAUAGGACAUUUCGACUUACAGGAAUUCCCGAGGAUUUGCGAUCGGAGGAAAAGAUCAAGGAUCUCAUCGAAAAGCUGGGCGUUGGGAAAGUUGAGAAGGUCAUGCUUUGCCGAGACUGGAAGAAACUUGACGAUCUUGUGGAAUUGAGAGACGCCACUUUAAGACGCCUUGAAGGUGCCUGGGCCACUUUCCUUCAACAUCAGCGUCGGAAAAGAAAGAAUGCUGGACAUCAACGAAGACGUGGCAAUGGUGUGUCUCAGGAACAAGAAGACGAUAACCAAACCGGAGAAAAUGGGCGCCUCUUGGACUCUCAACAGGAGCCCUGGGACUCUGGAGAUGAAGGCAGACCUAAAGUCAACAUACGCUAUGGUACCCUUGGUUUGCGAUCCCGCAACGUUGAUGCUAUCGAUUACUACGAGGAACGACUUCGAAGAUUGGAUGCCCAAGUCAUAGAGGCUCGCAAGAAGACAUACGCGCCCACAGACAUGGCCAUUGUUACUAUGGACUCGGUAGCUUCAUGCCAGAUGGCUAUCCAAGCACGAAUCGACCCCAGGCCAGGCCGGCUUUUGACUAAGUUGACACCGGCCCCUUCGGACCUUGUCUGGAGGAAUACAUAUGCACCCCGUGGUAUUCGUCGCCUUAAGUCCUGGGCUGUGACUUUGUUCAUCACGGCGCUCACACUCGCUUUCAUUUUCCCCACCAUUGCCAUUUCGUCAUUGUUAAGUUACUGCACAAUUGAGUCCAACUUUAAACCAUUUGCCAAAUGGCUACAAGCGCACGGCGUUAUCUUCUCGUUGGUCCAAAACGGCUUGCCCGCUCUGGUUGUGUCGCUUCUUAACGUUGCUGUCCCUUACCUGUACGACUUCCUAUCCAAUCAUCAAGGCAUGAUUUCUCAGGGCGACGUGGAACUCUCCGUCAUCUCCAAGAAUUACUUCUUCACCUUCUUCAAUACCUUUUUUGUUUUUGCAGUUUCAUUGUCAGGAAUUAAUUUCUGGAGCAGGCUUCAGGAUUUUGCGAAGGACACAAGCAAAAUGCCACGCGCGAUUGCUGGUGAUGUGGAGAAGCUAUCGAUCUUCUACAUUUGCUUUAUUAUGCUACAGGGCAUUGGACUUAUGCCCUUCCGAAUUCUCGAGGCGGGGAGUGUAUUCCUCUACCCAUUCCUGCGUUGGUUGUCCAAAACACCACGCGACGCUCUCGAGCUCAAGAAACCCCCGGUUUUUCAAUACGGCUUUUUCCUUCCUACGUCUCUACUUGUUUUCAACCUGUGUCUUAUCUACAGUGUCCUGGCCUGGGGAUAUGCUAUACUCAUCGUUGGGACCGUCUAUUUCUGUCUGGGCUACUUUGCCUUCAAGUACAUGGUACUAUAUGCAAUGGACCAGCCUCAACAUGCCACUGGAGGUGCGUGGAGAAUAAUAAGCUACCGCAUCAUCGUCGGGUUGCUUGUCUUGGAAGUUGUCAUGGUGGGCCGAAUCGCCACUAGCGAGGCAUUCAUUCAGUCGGUGUGCAUUCUGCCACUGCUCCCCUUUACCAUCUGGUACAGCUACUAUAUCAAGCAGCGAUUCGAGCCUCUGACCAAAUACAUUGCCCUUCGCGCUGUCAGGGCAGAUGAGGAUCCAGACGAUGCAGCUGCGCUGGAUGACGUAUUUGAGAACGAGGACCGCCCUCGACCCUCACAGGCCAUUCUGCGUCGUGGAAGCACCCUAGACGAGUACAAGGAGAAGGGCCUGCAAUUCGUCAACCCCAGUCUUGUGGCCCCACUUCCCCAGCCGUGGAUUUACGACGAGCCACCUCCACCAAUCCCCACGGAUGACACACAGACAACAGAGGAGACUGAACGCCCUGUUCUGCAGGGUGUCGAUAGCACACUCGGUAUAGGAGACGAAAACGUUUGGAGAGACAAUGGAGGAAAUAAUGUUUAAUGACGUUGAUUGAAGGUGACCUGCAUGAUUAUGGCGCUUGCUUGGUGUUUGAAGUUUGAGCAGGCACCCCAAUGUCCUUUUCUUUGAUCGCAAGAAUACACGUUAGCUUUUUGUCCGUCCUUAGUCAUGCUUAGAAUAACCGAAGAUAUAUACAAAUCAUGAAAAUGAAGAGCAGUUGAGUCGUGAAACUGAGUCAAGCAGGAGCUAUCUCGGCCUUUUCC